CAAGGGGGUUUCCUGAGCUUCACAGACCUCGUCCCACCCUAAUCUCUCACAGGCUACAUAAAGAGAGAGCAGCUCAGCCGCUGAGUGAAAACAUCUUGGGGCAUCGCAGCAGCUUUGAAGUACAUUAACAGACAUGGGACAAGCACAAUCCCAACCAGAGUACAGACAGCCAACACCACCACCACCACCGCCUUUGCUUGAAAAACCAUGGAGGAAGCAGGAAUUUAACACAAGGUAUGAACUUCUGGAAAUAAUCAGAAACUACGAGACUCUGACAGAGUCAGUGGAAGAGCCAAGAAUCCUCCUGGUUGGGCAGAUUGGAGCUGGUAAAAGCAGCUUCUUCAACUCGGUGAACAGCAUCUUCAGAGGUCAUGUGAUGCUGCAGGCCACAUCUGGGUAUGGAGACACCAGUGUUAGCAAACAGUACCGAACAUAUCCAGUUCAAGAUGGAAAAGGUGGAAAGAGGCUGCCAUACAUCCUGUGUGACACAAUGGGUCUAGAAGAUAGUGACUAUGAUGAAGGGAUCCGUGUGGAAGACAUCAUCAGCGUCAUUAAAGGACACGUCUCAGACUUGUAUGAGUUCAAUCCCAGGGCACCGAUAACCAGAAAUGACAGGCGCUACAGAGAGGACUCCAGUCUGGCUGAUAAGGUGCACUGCGUCGUCUACGUAGUUGAAGCAGACAAAAUCAGCCUCCUCGGUCAAAAUUUGCUGAAGAAGAUGAAGUCCAUCCGGGCUGAAGUGAACAGUAUGGGGAUUCCUCAGCUUGUGUUGGUCACUAAGAUAGACAAAGCCUGCCCUGAAGUUAAAAACGACCUGACCAAAGUGUACAGGAGUCGCUACAUUUAUGAGAAGGUGACUCAGCUUGGACAGAUGCUGGGAGUUCCCGUCUCCUCCAUCUCCCCGGUUAAGAACUACUCAAUAGAGACGGAGCUCAACCUUCAUGUGGAUGUUUUGAUCCUGAAGGCCCUGCAGCAGAUGCUACGAGCUGCUGAUGCCUGCUUUGAUGAUAUGAAGCUGAAAGGCCUCGCUCAGUGAAGCAGUUCCUGAUGUAUUUUAUUUUGCCAUGGUUCAAUAACUUGAGUGCAUUUGAAAGUAUUUAAUCCUUAACAGGGUUGGUUUAAUGGCAACUCCAGUCCACAGGCACACUGAGUUGCACCCAUUAAUCCAAGGAUGUGGGAUGACCUCGAAAAAGUCCACAGAGACCUGGAGAAGUCAAGUAAAGUCCACCCAGGCCUUUAGAGUCAUGAGGGAGCAACGCUAAUCUACACACCAGAGUGCCAGCCGUUUCGAUCGAGUGAAGUUCUAAUGUAGAGAUGCAGAGAAUUGUUUGAUGUUAGUUUUCUAAAUAUUUGACACAUUUAUUGCCUUACUUUGUUAUCUUUCCCAUUUCACAUUGUUUAACAUAGACGUGUAGUAUUAUGCUUAUCUUGUGAUCUCAGGAAUUAACUAAUAAAGCAUCUUGUAUUAGAGCUCAUUGUACAGGAGAACAAACUGUGUAAAUAAAUAUAAACUGAUAUUUCUAGAA